AUGUCGAAGCCGCAUCCGGAUUCGCCUCCGAAUACUCCUGAUAACUCUGGUCGACCAUUCUCCAGCGGAUUUCAAUCGCCUACUUCUGGAUGUCUUUGCGGAUCUCUUCCUGUCGGUCAGACUUGAUUCGACCUCAAGAAGUUGACUUUAAGUUGCUCAUAUUUAGGAUCGCUUUCGGCAAACACUUUAGCCGACACUCUCAAAGUGUCUCCGCUCUACAAACAGCAAGAGUAAGUCUGUUUUUCCUUUUUCUUUUCCUUUUUUUUUUUGAAAUGAGCAAUAAGGCUGCUGAAGUUGAAAUAAUAUAUCAGAAGCGGUCUUCUAUUUGAAUGGUUCCUGAUUCUGGAUCUGGACCGAAAGAUUACCACAGAAAGAAAAAUCAUGACUACUCAAGAUGGAAAAGAAAGUCAAAAUUCUGAUAUUGCCUGCAUCACAUGGUCACACUCCAAUAUAGAAGUCAAAAAUUUCAUAUAUUGGGAUCUGUCUGAACUACAACACCUACUAGGGGUCGAUACAUUCAGAAUUUUCUGAGUUUUUGCCAAAAAUUCUUUUCUAUCAAGUUUAAAACCUGCGAAAUAUAAUACAUCACCCAAGCUUUUGAAAGCCCUAGGCGCGAUUUCUCUUUCCAAAACUCAAAACUUCAGUUCUGCCCGCUGGUCUGCUGCAGCUCAAGCCUACCGUUCUUCUCGUGCUCACUCUCCGACUCAGGACGAGAAAUUCUCCUUUGAACCCAUCCACGUUUGCGCAGAGCCAGCGAUUCCUCAGAAAAUCGGCCAUUCAAGACACAUCAGCACCAGGUUUCUUUCCUUUCUGGUUCUCACGAUUGAAAGCAUUUUCAGAACUCCGCUUUCGCUGGAAGACAUCGGAAGUGUCAAUCGACGGCGGCAUGAAAUGGUUGGAUUUUUAUGAAGUUGAAAAUGAACUUUUUCCAACAGGAAGGAGGAGUUCUGUCGCCUAUUGAGGAUGACAUCGGACCUCUGGAGCUCGAGGCGAUAGCCGCCGUCCACGAGCUCGCUACCGAAGUCGAGGUUCUUGCGAAACUUCAUUUUUGAGAAUAUUUUCUGGAUUAUAGGAUAUCAGUGUAUCUGAGAUGCUACCAAGGACAAGCGAUCUCAUUUUCGUCAACGUCAAAACGCAAGAAGGUUCCCUUUUUUCAGUCUUUUAAGCUUUUUCUGUCCUAAUAUUGUAAAUGGUAAAGCUCAUAAGAGACUUAGUUUUCUAGAAUGAAUAAAAAGACGAUGAUAAAUUAAAUUUAGGACAACCGUACACUUUGGAAUUGACAAUGAAGGGCUGGAGAAUCGCUUCAUCGCAUACAGAUUGCAUGAACGGUGAUUACACCAAAGUGAGUCGUUUUUCAGAAAAAAGCGUAUAGUUCAUUCAUCAUUGACUUGAAAACAAGUUCUUUAAAAAAUAUUAUCAGCAAAAUACUUUCUAUAGAACCUUCCCGAUUCACGGUGAUCAUAAGCUUUCUAACACGGUUCUCUGAACAAUUCAGAGCUUUUUUCGAGACUUUUUCAGUGCUAAACAAGUUUCCGAUGAAGAUAAAUAACAGUAAACUUAUAACCGUGUAAAUCGAUUUCAAGAACUCUAUACUUGGCCUAGAAAAUAAGUUUCAGAAAAACUUAAUAAGGAAAUCAGAAAAAAACUGGAGUGAAAAAUGUUCAGACUCAGCCCUUUGGGUUUUGAAAUAGUAGUCAAACUAGCUUUUACAAAAAAGCUGAAAAAUUGUUUUUUGUUAAUUAGUUUUUUUUUAACCUAUAAUUGGUAAUUCCAGGUAGACCUGCACAUUCACUACUACCAAAACGCCCGUGAACUUCUUCAAUUUAUUUCGCCAGACCACACGACUCGGUUCAACGAGUGUGUCGCCGAGAGGCUCAAUCAACUUGUUGAGGUUUACAUUUUACUCAAAACAUCACCCUUCCCAUUAUUCCUACAUCUUUCCUCCUGUAAACAAGUGAUCUAUGUCGCUCUUGGAAUGGCUGUACGUAUAAGGCAGCCGAAAUAAAACGACUUGCGCGCGAUUUCAUCGAAAAGCCUAAGAAAAAAAAAACCACUAAAAAAAAAUCAACUGCGACUCUUUGAGCCAUUCCAAGUGCGACCAUGACCCCGAAAUAUUUCAAAACAAUUACUUUCAGGGACAGGCAUCCUGA